AUGCGAUCUGACAUCCGCAUUUCUCAAGUGACCGACGGCAACCCGUCCUCCCCCAGCUACUCUGACAACGACGGAGGUGAACGCCCCGUUCGACAGCAACUUAAAGAAACCAACCUCGACGCCACAACUCAGAAGAACGCCAACAACAAGCGCUCGCACGACAGGUCCGACAAUGACGCAACCUCCGAGGCCGAUGCUCCCCCCAAGAAACGAUCCCGAGAAUGCACCCCCGAAACCGCUUCGCGAUCCCAAGACACUUCCUCACUUCAGAAGAACGGAAGCAAGAAGCGCUCCCUCGACGACUCCGACAAUGACGCAACCUCCGAAGCCGACGCUCCCCCCAAGAAACGAUCUCGCGAAUGUACCCCCGAGAAAUCAUCGGGAGCUCAAAAUCCCACCUCAAACACUUCUUCCGGAGUUGAACAGCCCGAGACAGAUACCGCACCCGACGGUUAUCAUUUGCCUGCUUCGUGGAUAUCCCGAGUCCCACGCCACCCUUUCCCCCCCUUCUCCCCUCUUCCGGACUAUGAGGAUUCCCCGAGUCCCGCGCAAUUCAAGUCCCCCAACUUUGUCCCUUUUCCCGAGGAGAACAUUCUGGAGACGAUCGAGAUAGAUGCAAUUCCCGAUGAAUCUGUGGAUGUCAAUACCCAAAGUGAUAGCCUAGAUCACGAAGAGCUCAUUCGCUCGCGUUCUGAUCCCGUCCCUUGGGAGCCCGAGCUUAUUGCAGCAUGGCAACAACUGCACGAAGCUAACCCGACUACAAUCCCUCCGGUACCUCGGUCGGUACGCAACCAGAACGCUGAGAACGUGGAAGGCCAUGAGCCAAAGAAGGCUAGAAACACGGCAAACUGGGUGGAUGAGAUUGAAGCUAGUAUUCCAGCCACAUCUGACACCUCAGAAGCGCCGGGUAGUGGUCGGGGUAGCUACCGCACUGUCCACUGCGAGGCUUCUAUUGUCAUUUCUAUCGAAGGCCAGCCACAAUUGCCUGUUAAGAUUUCGUUCAAUGUUCAAGUCCCUCUUGAACCUGGUCAUGCACAAUACCCGGCCCCUCCAUUCCACAUCUCGAUAUCUUCAGACGAGGAUACCCCAAAAGAUGAUAUCUCAUCCCACAUCUCUACCUCCUCAGACGAAGAAUUCUUGCAUGGAGAUAUCUUGCCCAGUUCCCAUCUACCCAGAACCCCGGAGCGCACCACUCACACCGACCAUUUCGGUUUUGAGCCCAUUAGUAACCCAAUAUUUACCCAGGAAACCGAAAAACCCCCAGCUACCAUGGAACCCACCGAGACGAAGACAGUCCCACCGGACGAGACUCUCGCUGCUGAAGCGCAACGCCAGAAGACAAACAAUUCGGACGAACGCAAGACCAAGAUGAACCAGACUUUCUCUUCGAGUGCAUUCGGCAAUACCUCCACCGAUUCACCUUUCAGCUCUGCAUUCAGAUCCUCGACAACAUCCACCUCUGUAUUCGGAUCCUCGAUGGCAUCAACCUCUGCCACUUCACCGUUUACAACUUUGUCGGCUAAUGCAAAGGAGCCGGCCGUCACUCCCAACCCCUCUAACAAUAACAACCCAGCUUCCACUUCCGCAUUUGCAUCAUCCUCUCUGUCUGCUUUCGCCGGUUCCGACGAUUCUCCGUUUGGUAACCUCGCUGCUGGUACCUCAACCUCUGUGUUUGGCAAACCCGCCAACUCCACUGGCUUUUCUACAUUCAGCAGCGCCUUUCCGGCUACUGGGAAAUCCGGCGGACUGACAAGUUUCGCAUCUCCCAAAGUCACUUCUUCUUUCGGCGACUCCAAGGCCAAGGCACAGCCACUUGGUGCCAAAGCACAAGCCUUUGGUGCCGUGCAGUCUGACAACGAGGAUAGCGAGAAUGAACAAGACGAUGAAGGCAAUGGCAAUGACACAUUCGUGGCGGAAAAGACUGAUGAGCGGUUCGUUGAACAGCCUGUUGAAACUGGCGAGGAAGAUGAGGAGACCAUCUUCGCCAACAAGGGCAAACUUUAUUGCUUUGAUAACAAGCAAUGGAAGGAGCGUGGCGUUGGGACCUUCAAGGUCAACGUCAAGUCGGGCCCGGACGGAAAGCGGACCGCCCGCAUGAUCAUGCGCGCAGAUGGCGCUCUGCGUGUCAUGCUUAACAGUGCCAUCUUCAAGGGCAUGCACUUUGGUGACCAGCAGGGUGCGGCCCCUGCCGGCCGCCGAAUCUUCCUGGCCAGCAAGGAAGAUGGGAAGGUAGCCAACGUGCUCCUUCAAUUGAACAAUGAGAACACGGUCAACGAGCUGUACGCCACCCUAAAAGACUUCCUAGAGGAGGUCUAG